AGAUAUAAGUAUAGAUAAUGAUAGAAUAAGUAAUAUAAUUAGUUCAAAUAGUGAUUCAGAAACUUUUGAAAGUGACUCUGAAGUUGAAAUUGCUGAAGGUUACAAUAUUAUGUUCUUAGGGUACUUGAACAAUACUAUUAAGCAAUUGGAAAAAGAAAUCAGAAGUAAUAAACAUAGUGAAGUAAUAAAGGCACAUCUUUAUACAAUGCUGUCCUAUUUUCGUCUUGUAGAGCAUGAUUAUGAAAAGAUUAAAGCAAGCAUUAUUGUAGCUGAAGCAGCUGGAAAAGGUGUUUAUCAUGCUUGUUGCAUACGUGCAUGGACAGUAAAUUAUGUUAAAAAUGGUGAAUUCCCAAGUUUAAGACAAGGAAAACAUUCAAAAACUUGGAAUGAACUGGCAAAAUAUGUAAAUAAAAAAAUACUUCCAAGACUAUGCUUUGAUCUAUCACCAACUAUCUGUGUAAGAACAGCUAGAAAGUGGCUAAAAGUAUUUGGAUUUGAGUACUCAGAAGUUAGAAAAGGAAUGUAUAUGGAUAGGCAUGAGCAUGCAGAUGUAGUGGCAUAUCAUGAAAGGUUUUUGGAAAGAAUGGCAGAAUUUGAAGCAUAUAUGAUAGUUUUUUCUAGUGAAAAUAUGAAAGAAGAAACUAAACCAGAUUUAAUAAUAUUAUCAUUCUGGUAA